UUAGAUUACGUACAAAGCUCUUCAUUACCUUUCUCAAGGGAAGUCACUCUCACAUCAAGGACAGAAAUCACAUUUUUUUUUCAGGAAAAAAUAUUGUUUUGUAACCUACCAAAUCAUGACAGAGAUAGGCCAGGGUGAUAAAUUUGAAGAGGAUGAAGAGGAAUUCAUUGACGAGUCAUUAAGUGAAAGGUUCUGGGCCCUUUCAGAAAUGUUUCCAGAUUCUGUCCGCAAUGCUUGUUCAAAAGUAUCAGACAUUACAUUAAAGUCAACAAAGAUUGGGUAUAGAUUUUCAAGAAAUGCAUUUUGGAUUCUUGCCUCAAGUUUUACCAUACUGAUUUUACCUGUGAUGUUUGAAAAGGAAAGGGCAGCUAUGGAAGAGCAACAGCGUCAGCAACAAACACAGAUUUUGUUAGGACCAAACACAGCUGUAUCUGGAUCAGCAGGACAGAGUGUUAUGGGAAUGAUGCCUCCUGGCCUCACACCAUCAGUUGCUUCAUCUCCAUAGUUACCAUUUUAUAUCUAUAUUUAGAAAAAUGUUCUUACAAAGAAGAAGACACAUCAUUUAAUAUUUUGAGAUCUUUUAUAAUUUUUGAGUUAUGCAUGUUUUGAUGUUAGCUCUUCAUUUUCAAAUUAUUUAUUUAUAAGUAAACAAUUGUACUUGUUUUAACCUACAGGAUAUAUUUCACUAUGUAAGAAAGUUCCUAUGUUUUUAAGUAAUUUAUAUUACAUGUAUGUAAUUAUUUAGGCAUUAUGGCAAGUCAGUAAAGAACAUUUAAGAUGGAAUACAGUGACAUUAACAUACUAAAAUACAUGAACUUGAACUUGGUGUUGCAAGGUUCAGUGGAAACAGUGGCAUAGUACAAAGUGUUGUUCGAUGCCAUUAUACAGUAAGGCUAACAAACACUUAAUAUCUAAGAACUAGUUUAUGUUAAUGGCAACAUAUAGAUAUAUCUGUUUGUGAACCACUUAUGUUACUAUGUUAUUUGAUAUGUUUGGGUUUUAUGUACAAGUGAAAAUAAAUAAAGAAAACAACAA